UGCGAUAUGGGCUGCGUGUACUGACUCCAGUCUCUCGUUCAAUUCCCCACCUUCCACUAUGUUUCUCCUCGGUCGUUGGGCCCUGCUGCUGCCUCUAAUUUCCUCUGCUUGGGCGGCCGACAAGAACCUGAUCCCCACGGCCGCCUCCGGCUCGUUCCCGCAAUGCGGUCUCCAAUGCUCCCAACUCUACGCUGCGCAGGAUAGCUGCACGGCCAACCCUGACUCUUCCACCUGGGUCUCCUGCUUCUGCCAGUCCUCUUUCAUCUCCAAUCUGAAAACCUCCGGCGCCGUCUGCACCAACUGCGACUCCGGCGAUCAAGCCAAGGUCUCUUCGUGGUAUAGCAAUUACUGCAGCUCGGGUGGCACCAACGAGGGUACCGCCAGCACCAGCACCAGCACCAGCACCACCUCCAGUGCCACCGCCAGUGCUACCGCGGGCGCCAGCACGUCCCAGUCGUCCGCGUCAAGUACAGAUGAAAACAAGUCCUGGUGGAGCACCCAUUACAAAUGGGUGAUCAUGCUGAUCGUCCUCGCCAUCGGCUUCAGUGUCAUCGCCGCACUGGGGAUCUGGCUCAAGCGCCGCUACGACGCCAAACGACCCGGCCUGUACCAUGGCGGAACCACAGAGGCUAGCAGCAGCGGCGCCCUCCGGGGUGGUAACUCGGGCAUCCUCAGCCCCAUCCCUGUCGGAGGCUACGCUUCCCCGCCACCGAACCAGUCGCGCACCUUCGGCGACGAGUCCGUUGCCAGCAGCUCGCGCACCGAUAUCGCGCCCAAAGGUAUCCCUGCAGCGGGAAGUCGGACACGCCUGCAGAAGACGGGACAGUCCCCGGCUGGGGAUGUGGAGAUUCGACAGGUUUCGCGCCGGUGAUCUUU